UGUAGUAUAUUGUAUUGUUACAAAGCGCCGGUAAAACAGAAUGGUUUCUGUCAAAAUGGCUGAGUAUUCGUGGAUGGUUAAAUUCUGAACGGUGAAAGAAAUCAUUUAGUUGUGCGAAUCGAUUAUUUGUAGUCCGUGUAUGACACGUGGGUCUAUUUUCCUGAGGUCAUGUUGUCGUCCGGUAAACCCAACUUAAAUAAAGAGGACGUCGAAGCUGCAAAUAAAGAUGAAAAAGAGACGCUAUUGGAGCAUGACAGCGAUUACGAUGAGGAAAUGUUAUUUACUCAGCCGAGCACAUCAAAUGGAAAGAAAAAAGUCGACAAUAAAAUGGAUAGCGUCAAGCUGCAAAUCCAGGGGGUGGCAGAUAUAAUGCGGGAUAAUGUCCAAAAAGUGAUGGAUCGUGGCGAGAAGCUGGAGGAUUUGCAGGAAGCGAGCGAUCGUCUGAAUAUGACCGGUAACGAGUUUAGGGAAGCCGCGAGGAGAGCACAACGAAAAGCGUGGCUGCAGAAUGUGAAAUCGAGGAUUAUUAUCAUCAGCAUCACUGUGACGAUCGUGCUUUUCAUUAUUAGCGCGUGUCAUUUUCAGUUUUGGACAUCAUGGUGCUUUACCUGGUUCUCAGAUAGCGAGUACGAUGUUUCAAGCCUCGAUCAUUCACUAGGUGCUUACCGAUUUCUUCAAGUCAAUGUUCUUCUUUGGUGGUGGGAAAAGCGUGAAUACACCGUCACGAAAGUUUUCUCAAAAUAUGCAGCAGCUCAUCCGAAAAAGAUUGCUUACAUAUUCGAGGAUAAAAAGUGGACAUAUGAAGAGCUGGAGCACUUCAGCAAUCGUAUCGGACGUUACUUUCGCACCAGACCGUUUUCUCACUUCGACAGUAUAGCUGUGGUUAUGGAGAAUUGUCCUGAAUACAUCGGUAUAUGGUUGGGCCUCAGCAAGGCCGGUUUCGUGGCGGCCCUCAUCAAUACCAACCUCCGUCAUGACAUGCUCCUACAUAGCAUUAAUGCUGCCGGUUGUAAAGCUAUCAUCUUCGGGUCUGAAUUCAAGGAUGCGAUUCGUGACAUUAAGAGUAAAAUACCCGACAUCGGACUUUACCAAUGGUCGGAAUCGGCGGACACACCGGUUCUAGAAGAGGCGACAGAUCUCAACACGGGAAUGAGUAGCAUUGAUUCCGGACCCCUCAUCGUCCAACUUGACUUGAGCAGUCCCCGGGACAAAUUGAUUUACAUCUAUACGUCUGGCACAACGGGAAUGCCGAAGGCUGCCGUUAUCAAUAAUUUAAGAUAUAUGUUAAUAGCAUGUGGUGUGAACUCAAUGCUUCGUAUACGUUCUAAUGAUCGAAUUUACAACUCUCUGCCUCUUUAUCACACCGCAGGUGGAAUAAUUGGAGCAGGUCAAGCGCUUUUACGAGGCGUGACCGUUGUGAUUCGUAGACGAUUCAGUGCGUCAAAGUUUUGGUCAGAUUGUAUCCAUUACGAAUGCACUGUGGCGCAAUAUAUCGGAGAAGUCUGCCGUUUCCUUCUCACGGUUCCGCCAAAUCAAAAUGACAGAAAACAUAAAAUACGCUUAAUGUUCGGGAACGGUCUGAGACCGCAAAUUUGGGAAUCUUUUGUAAAAAGAUUUGGCAUAAAACAAAUAGGCGAGUUUUAUGGAGCCACCGAAGGAAACUCAAAUCUCGUCAAUAUUAACAAUAAAACUGGUGCUGUUGGUUUUAUACCAAGAUAUGCUGGUCAUUUAUAUCCUGUUGCUUUGUUGAAAAUUGAUGAAGAGACAGGGGAAUUGUUGAGAGGAACAGAUGGACUUUGCAUAACUUGUAAACCUGGUGAGCCCGGCAUUUUCGUGGGCAAGAUUAAUCCAAAGAAAGCGAUCAACGAUUUCUCUGGCUAUGCGGAUAAAAAGGCUUCAGAGCAGAAGAUUAUACACAAUGUUUUUAAAAAAGGCGAUCGCGUCUUUAAUUCUGGUGAUAUUUUAGUCAUGGAUGAACUCGGAUAUUUUUACUUCAAAGAUAGGACCGGUGAUACAUUUAGGUGGCGAGGUGAAAAUGUUGCUACUUCGGAAGUGGAGGCUGUCAUCAGUAAAAUGAUAGGUUUCAAGGACGCAACCGUAUAUGGUGUCGAGGUAUCUGGAAACGAGGGUAAAGCGGGAAUGGUUGCUAUAUAUGAUGCAAAUAAUUCUUUAAAUAUCGAAGGGUUGGGAGAAGAAUUAAAGAAAGUUUUGCCGUCCUACGCCAGACCUCGUUUUGUUCGCAUUUUGUCAGAACUGCCAAUGACCGGAACAUUCAAACUGAAAAAGAAGAAUCUCCAACGGGAAGCCUUUGAUAUUACAAAGGUAAAAGAUCCGAUCUAUUUUCUUAACAAUGAUACCUAUGUGAAGCUGACUGAUAAAUAUUACAAUGAUAUCAUCGAAGAAAAAAUACGAUUAUAAUUGACAUGUUUUCCUGUAGAGAUACAUACUUCCUUUUUAAGGCGAAGUAGAAUUUGAAUUUCAAGAUGUAAAGAUGUAAAGGUUUAUAAACUUCUUCCCAGUGUGUUAGUCAUAUAAUAUUCGAUGAUCACCAUUUUGUGGACCAAUUAAUUGUUAUGCAUGUCACCUUUUGCAAAUACGCGUGUACAAAAACAUAUUAUUUUGAAAAUGAUGUGACAAUUUUUCGAUUACAAUAAUUAAAACUAAUACUUUAUAAUUUAUGAAUUAUUUGCAUAACAGAAUCAUAUUUAUUUGAACGCACAAUCAAUAUGUAUAUCUGAAAAAAUGGACUUAUGUAAUUAUAUAAGAUAUAUAUAUGGAUAAUAUAAUUAUUUAUGGCUAUAUAUAAUUUUAUAUAAUCUUAUGUCCAUGUUUUCUCGGAUAAACGCACAUAAUAAGAAUUUAUUGAGUUGCUAAAAAAAUAAAAGAGUAUCCUUAAAAAUUGAAAAUGCCUUGUAAAAUUAUGACGUUAUGUUUUUGAAAUUUAUAUAUAUUCUGUUAUCUUAUUCAAGCUCAGUAAGCAAAUUUAAUCGUGAUUUAUCUUGCAUUUGUAAAUUCUUGAUAUCAAAUUUGGUAUACCAAAUUUUAAAAUUUUCAUAAUUUUUGUAAAUUAUUACAUCUUAAUACAAAAGGCAUAAGAAAUUUUAAUGGAUAUCAAAGAAAAAGAAUAAGUGUUACGAGAAAAAAAAUUUAUUGAAUAAGAUUGCAUCGUGGUUUAAUUGUAGGUUCUUUAAGUUUUCGAACUUUAAUUAUUUAUUUCUUAAGAUUUAUAUGCGUUGCUGUUAAUAAGCUUAACGUUCAAACACAUAAAAAAUCUGUACAAACAUAGUAUAUAUAUAUAUAUAUAAAAUAUCGAUAUUAUAUAUAUAGUCGAUCUUAUAUUUCUUGAUCUUAUAGGUCACAAUUUGUAAACGUAUAAAUGUAUAAUAUUUUGAUAUAGCUUGCGUAUCAUUUGUAAAUCAAUAUUUAUUCCAUUAAAAUAAGAUAAAAGGUAAAUUUUAACAAAUAAAGGCUCUUAGGAAACAAAUCAUAAAAUUAAGUUAGAAAAAAGGCAAUCGGAGCCAGCGCAGUAGCUGGGGCGCAUAUAACUUUAUCGAUUUAAACAAAUUAUGUAAAUUAAAGCGAACAUUUCCUUUCUUUGAACCAUCUGCAGCACAAAUAUCAGAGUUUUACUUUGUGAAACACUACUACAUUACUAUUUGUUUUAUUUUCUUCUAAUGCGGAUUCGUUAAAGUUACUGCACUGAGCUUUGAUUGCCUUUUUUCUAACUUGAUUUUAUCAUUUCAUUAAGUUUUAAUUCUCGAUGGACAGGAAAAUUUAAAGGAGUAAUUUAAUUAAUUACAAUUUAAUGAAUGUUGCAUUAUAUCUGAAGAGACAAUGGUUUGUUUACGUAUGAUAGCAUAGAUUACAUGUUUUCUAAUUAGUCCCAAAUUUAUUUUUUAGCUAUUCGAUAUAUACUGACUGCAGGGUCUUAAUUUUGUAAAUGAUCUAUAUCUACUUAGUGAUUUUUUCAUAAUAUAAGUGGUCACAUAUGUGCGUUGUUUUUUGAAGAGAAUUUAAUAUAAAAUGUAUCAUUUACACUUUAUUAUUCUUAUACUAUUAAUAAGAUAUGACAAUAUUUUCUAGCAUCCUCUAGAAGAUAUGUACAUAUAUAUUGAGAGGUGUAUUUUACAGAAUUGUUGACUUAUAUUUUUGAAAAUGUACGAUUGUUAUAUAAAUAAAAAAUUCUAUUUCUCGAAAGAAAAGUUGCAUCGAAAGUAGCA